GCUGCCUCAACCUGAACUUGUGCAUCCAGUAGCCCAUUCACAUCCGGCUUUCUCUUCAUUGUAUCAUCAACGAGGUCAAGAAGCACUAUGACGCGCUGACGAACACUACGAACGCCCAGAGACCGGAGGAUCAGCUUCGUAUGUCGACAAGGUCUAGAAGCGCGCCGUAAUAUUCGAACGCGAAGCCGUUCCAAGAUCGCGCACAGGAUGGAUUCACUUCCGACCGCGGAUGAAAUGCUUGCACAGGUCCCAACGGAGACCAUGCAGAGCUUUCUGACUUCCCUUCGACAUGCUUAUCCGAUCGGUUCCACGUGCAUUCUUGCCUUGGAUGGCCAUAUCUCCAGCCUCGAUUUACAACGACCUAUCUCGCUCAGUCGAGGGGACGUUCUGGAAAUACAGGGACCGGCAGCCAGCGGCAAAAGUCACCUGCUCUACCAUCUGCUAGCUACUUGCAUUUUGCCUUCCGCGUAUAGCUCUGUCGAAAUCAGGGGAUGGGAGUGUGCCGCGGUGCUAUUCGACACCGAUGGCAAGUUCAGCGUCAAGAGGUUUAGCCAUCUCCUCCUCUUUCGUCUGUCUCAAAUCCUACGCGACGCGAAGAACACCUCACUACCUGCCAUAGAAGAUCAAGCCCUAGAGGACAUGGUGGGCCAGUGCUUGUCUCGACUGCAUAUUUUUCGGCCAUCGUCUUCUGCACAUCUGGCUACGACUCUGAUGCAUCUACCUGAUUAUCACUCGACGCACCCGUCUCUCCGAUCGUAUGAAAUCGGUCUCCUGGCUAUCGACUCCCUGAGCGCCUUCUACUGGAACGACCGAUUUCUGGGCGAACAAUGGCGCACUACCUCCGGACUUACCGCUCCAGGGAAUGCGAUAUCCACGGAACCCGUCAGUCCUUUGCGUCAAGUCAUUGUCGCUUUACAAAGUGUCCGUGUCAUGCGCGGGCCUCUCACUGUCUUGACCAACUGGGGCCUUAACUCUUUAGGGAGGGCCGUUGACGUCGGAGAGCAACAGUAUCCACUCUAUAAGCAGCACUUGCAUCCCUUCCCUUCCCCCUUCGACGCUGCAGAUGCAGAUGCUCUGCCCUCCCGCACCCACAGAGAACCUACUCAGCUGCAGUCUUCGGUCGGCCCGCUCGCUCCCACGUCGCUCAAGGCGAUAGCGCGCACGAGGCCUCGAGUUCAUCGGAGACUGGGCAAGGCUUCUCAGUUACGCAUCACAUAACACUCUACCCUGCAUCGCUCGCAUUGCUCGACAUCGAAGGGGACACUGUUCGGAGCUCCGUCAUUGCGCAGAACGGUGUCCACCGAGGCUUGAUCAGGACACCGGCAAGCGCCCACGCAACACGGUUUGCCUUCAGCAUCGUCGAGGACGACGUCGCCUUCAAAACAUCGGACGAAAUGUGAAUGGCUCACAGAGCAUUUGCGGUGCGGCGAUUGGGGUACUGAGGUGUACGUGUGCCUCUAUGUUGAUGUCUCGUGGGCUGAAGGGGCCGGUACAUGUGUCCACCUACAGCGUUUUCGUUUCGCAGUUGGCUGUUAGGAUCAUUACCUUCCGGAAAUACAUGCUCUCUGAGACAUUAAUUACCGGUUGACUUCUGUCAUCGUCACGAUGUAGUCCGGGAUAUCUGCCGUCUCAAAACGCAUCACCUCCGGAAUCCAUCAUUGUGUUGCCGGCGGGAUAGGGUUGGCAUGUGUGCUCGCAGGCAGCAAGAUC